AUGGUUCUGAGCAGUGAUCUCUUUCUAGAGAAUCAAAACCUUGGGCUUCCUGCCAGAGCUAGGCUCAAAGACCAUGACUUCCAUUUUUAUCCUAGGUCAACCACAAACUUCGAGUCAAUGUACAUAGACGGUUCUGGAGCUCACAGAAACUCUAAUCUUGUGGAGCAGCUAGACCGGGACUCUCAACUCCAAAAGCUUUUAGAAAGCAGGACGGUCCAUAUACAGCGUUUCCUUGGACCAAGCUAUUCACUACUGUUCGAUGAUAUGCUACUAAUACUUUGUGGUCUCGCUAAUUUAAAGCUAAAGCAAGUGUCAAACCCGACAGGCUCGGUAUUUGACAGAGGCUUGAUCCAUCAAGACGUUCUUCGUGAAUCUGGCAAGCGGUACUUCAGAUCGACCUUGCUCAGCUCUACGAUUUUCCAAGACAAUACCUACCUUUCAACCUCUCAUUCUGAGGUACAGCAUAACCUAGCAUUUUUUGGGAACCAGAACCAAUUAAUUAUAAAUUUCAUGAAACGUCAACUUCUUUAUGAUUGCCUUGUUCCUCAUAGGGGUGCGCAAGUUGACGGAACACUUUCUCGAGACAAGGCUAAUUUGUUGAGGCAAAAGAUUCGAGACAAUACUGCGAUCGGGAGCUUUUAUUCGAUGCUUGGAAUUCUACUAUUUCGCUACGGCAACGAGGACAUUGCAACGAACCUUUUGCAGGACAAAAUAUUGGGCGGUACCAAUGGUAUAUAUAGCAUUGCAAGGUCGUAA